GCAAUGUCGUCAGCACAUGACACACACUCUUGAUCAAGACCUUCAGGGCAGUUUCAUCCACAUUGUAGCUGACACUACUCAGCUGCAGACAUGAGCACCCAAGGCGUGACUUAUGCGGAACUCCAUCAUGCUAAGGGCUCAAAAAGACAGCAAGUGCAACCUAAGGGCACGAAAAGUUCCAUUCCAGUAACUGAGGAGGAGAUAACCUAUGCAGAAUUGAAUCUUCAAAAUGCUUCUCGGGACCUUCAAGGGAAUGGCAAGAACUCUCCCUGCAAAGAGAAGCUCAUUGCCGGUAUCUUGGGAAUCCUCUGCCUCGUCUUGAUGUCCACUGUGGUAACAAUAGCUGUUAUUCCCUCUACUGAAGGACCAGAACAGAACAAAACAUCCCUGGAAACAAGGAUCCACAAAGCGUGUCUCUGUUGUCAUUGUCUGAAAGAGUGGGUUACGUAUUCCAACAACUGCUAUUACAUUAGCACUGAGGAAAAAUCAUGGAACGAGAGUUUGAUGUCUUGUGCUUCUAAGAAUUCUAACCUGCUCUACUAUGAUGAUGAAGAGGAUGAGUUUUUGUCGAAAUUACUCUCUUAUACUAUAUGGAUUAGAGGCUCCCAGAAAAGCCAUCAUAGUUCAUCUGUGCAGCCAAAAGCCUUAACAUUUUCUUCCAAAGUGUUGUCAGUAUCUUCAAAGAGUGACAAGAAUUGUCCAUAUUUCUAUUUUUAUUUUAAAAAAUUUGGUUUUGCACCCUGCUUUGGAAUAAGACUGUAUGUUUGUAAGCACCAGGCAUUUUAGUUGCUUCAUUUUGGCAUAAUGCUAUUUCAUCAUUUAUAAAGAAUACAUCUCUCAUUACUUCAAAAACCACCCAAUCCUUUUCUCUGCAUAUUUUUAAGAGAUGGUUUUUAGUAUAAUUUUAGGUUCACAACAAGAUUAAGAGGCAGGUACAGAGAUUUCCUAUAUUGUCCCUGUCUGCACAUAUCCAUGGACUCUCCCAUUAUCACCAUCACUCACUAGAAGGUUUCAUUUCUUACCAAGGAUGAGUCUGCAUUGGGACACCUGGGUGGCACAGUCAGUUAAGCGUCCGACUUCGUCUCAGGUCAUGAACUCACAGUUUGUAGGUUUGAGCCCCGCAUCAGGUUCUGUGCUGACAGCUCGGAACCUGGAGCCUGCUGCAGAUUCUGUGUUUCCCUCUCUCUCUGCCCCCUCCUCCAAUCAGGCUCUGUCUCUCUCUCUCUGUCUCCAAAAUAAAUAAAAAUAAAAAAAAAUGUUAAAGGAUGAAUCCACAUCAAUGCAUAUAUAUCACCCAAAGUCCAAAGUGUACCUGAGACUUCACCAUUGGUGUCACAGAACUGUUUCUCCAAUUUAAUUAUAUUAAUGUAAAAAAAUAUACUCAGGUAUAUAUUACUCAUUUCUUAAGCUUUUGCUGUUUAGUAAAACAAAUUAUAUAUAAGUUAGAUAUCAUAAUAUUAUUGUAAAAUUCUGAAUGAAGUGAGUAAUUCCACUUACAUUUCCUACUUAAUUGAUUUCUCCUAGCCCUUAAAAGUCCUCAAAUGAGGAUUGAGCAACCCAGGGUGACAAAGGUAUGAGUCAGAAUUAAGGCAGGAGACAGAAACAAGGGGAAGUUGAGGUAAACAAUUACUAUCUGCUUGGAAGGGAAAGUCUACGAAGAGGAAAGCCUACUAAAAUAAAGAAAAUUACAAAGAAUAUCAUAGAAUUAAAGGACGGAUCACUGAAGCCAGGUCUACUCUCUGAAGAUGGGAUUCAGAUGCCAUUGAAGACGAUGUGGCUACACACAGCUUCACGGCUGACAUGCUCACUGAAAUGGCCUGGGACAGAGGAGCUCCAUACUCCACGGCCUGAACCUGGUGAGGAAGGAUCUCAGGCUGUGACUGGCAAACAGGAACAACUCCCUGUUAGAGCAUCAAGAGAAAAGACCAGAAGACAGGAAACUGACAGAUUGGCUCUAAGAACCUGCUGGAGGACGAAUACACAGGACUUCUUGCAAGCGUGCACCU